CCACGCUACAAACCUGUCUCCUCUCCAUCGUGAGAUUGUCACUCGUUUUAUUGAGUUCAAAUGCCAUGGGCUCGUUCCCCUCCUUUUCAGCCUAUGGCUGGUUCGUUCCUUAUCUGAUUCUUGCCCUUUUCCCUUAUUCUGUACCGGCUGGUACCUUUCUGGAGCCCAAUGCUGCCCCCGUGGGCAUCAGCCCAGCGUGCCUGACCGCCCUGACUGCUGACACUGCUUGCAGAGAGGCGGUGGCGGCCUUGGUGCCCAGCGAAUACUAUCCGUUGACCAAGCUGCAAUCCAUCUGCAAUCCGGCUUGCGUGGCGUCACUAGCAUCUUACCACAACGCCGUUGUCUCCAACUGUGCCCAGGAUACGUGGGAGGAUGAAGGCGGGAACAAUCAUCCCGUGGCCAUGUUCAGCGAGCUGAUCAGGUACUCGUACGAUCUUGCCUGUCUUACUGAGGGAGGUCGGUUUUGCAACAACGUCGCUGCCGCAUUCGCUGCUGCUGCUGACCCGGAUGCUGCUGAGCAUCCGGGAGGCGUGCCAGCGGGCGGGGAUUUUGGAGACCACGACACCUCGGACCCUUGCGAUACUUGUCUCCUCGCCAAUCUCCGGUUCCAGGCUGGCUCACCGUACUAUGAUGGACCCAAGCUGCAGUCGCUGUCCAUGUACGAAUCCAGGACGUCGAGUUGCGGCGUUGCAAAUAUGCCCCUGACAACGACGACCAACAGCCUCAUCACGCCAACUACUGUGGUUCCUACACCAACUCCCACUUGCGCUGGAACGACAUACACCAUCCAGCCAGGAGACAACUGCCACUCUAUUUCCCUCUCCCAAGGAAUUGGGACAGAGUGGCUCAUAUUGGAAAACGACCUUGCUGCCUUCUGUCACGAUUUCCCAACCGAAGGAGAGCUCUGUCUCGUCAAUACCUGCACUGUCCACACUGUUCUAGAAUCCGACACGUGCAAGAGCAUCGCCAAGGCAAAUGGUAUCACCGAGGCUCAGCUAAGAGCCUGGAAUCCAUCCAUCAACGCAGGGUGCUACAACCUGAACCAGAUGGUUGGCGACCAGCUGUGCGUUGCCAAACCCGGAACGCCCUAUAUCACUCCCGGCCCCACCACACUUGCGCCCUCGAUACCCAUCACAGCAGCGCCAAUGCCGACGAACGUCGCGAGCGGUACGAACACGUACUGCGGGACAUUCUACGAAGCCAGACUGGGAGAUUUCUGCAAUCUCAUCAUCAUGAAGUUCGGCAUAUCUCUUGACGACUUCGUUUUCCUUAACCCGGCCAUUAACGAGAACUGCACCAACUUGUUCGCGGAAGAGUCUUAUUGCGUGCAACCCGUUGGCGAUAUCAACACGUACAGCGGCAAGCCUGGAUACGGUGCCCCUACGCUCACCAUGACGGGCACCAUUGAUGACACGGCCACCACUCUCCCAGAUGCUUCCUUCACGUACCCGUUGCCCGUGAGGACUCCCCUUCCGCUAGCCAGCGGCACGCGGAAGGAAUGCUACCAAUAUGCCGACGGGGACGAAUGGCAGGUGAACAUAACGUCGACCUAUUUCUCCUCCCAGUGCGAGUUCUUCGCCGCCGUCAUGGGCGUGACCUUGGAGGAUCUCCAAGUUUGGAACCCCAGCCUGGGAGACACGACAGACCCGAGUUGUUCAUUUGAGUCCGGCGUCCGAUACUGCGGAAAGUACUAUUAUGGCGACAGAGAAGCCGGCGAUGAUAAUGGAGACCCUGGCCUCCCGGGCCGCGAGGGGAUGACUGAGGACUGCACAAUGACCGUCAAUGUCCGGCCUGAUGGAUUGCCGACUUGCCAAAGCAUCCUUGACGAGUGGGAACUCUCCAAUCAAGAGUUCUAUGAAAUGAACCCAAGUGUUGGGGUAGACUGCAGUGGGAUGUGGGCAGGCUAUCACUACUGUGUUCGUACCUCGGAUUGGGUGCCCCCGACGGAUCCCGAGCCGUCGCCAACGACUUCAUUUCCAACAACGACUCCGUCUCCAACAACGCCUCCCACAUCAGUCCCAACGGCCCCAGGUCCCGUCCAAGACGGCCAACCGGAGAACUGCAACGUGUGGCACAUUGUUGCGGCCGGAGACGACUGCUCUAUCAUCACAGCAGCGUACGACAUCACCUUUGCGCAGUUCGUCGAAUGGAACCCCGCCGUCUCCAACGACUGUCUUUCCGGCUUCUGGGGCGGCUACGCAUAUUGCGUGGGCGUCAGCAGUGGGGGAGGAGGGGAGCCCAUUCCGGCCCCCGAGCCCAACCAGGCCGGAAACGCUAUCUCCACGUGCAACGAGUACGCUCAGGCCCAAGACGGCGAUUGGUGUGCCGCUUUUGCGGAUCGGCAUGGGCUUGACUACGCUAACUUUUACUCGUGGAACUCGGCGCUUGGCGGGAAUGGGGCGAACUGUGGUGGCUCGUUCUGGGCGGGAUACUGGUACUGCAUUGGUGUUGCUGCUUAGAUACAUGUUGUACAGUACAGUAGUGUCUAGAUGGGUAACUGUAUA